CCUUGUCAAGGGCGACUCGAUCUAAGCCCAAUCCGAGCAUCCUUUUGAACACAUAUAUUCAAAGAUAAUCACCUGCUACAUUUUUUCCCCUUUCUUUCUUUCUUUCUUUCUUUCUUUAGUCAGCCGCCAACUAUCUUUCAUUGCAGUUGGAUCAAGUUUGAGAAGCUAGCUAGCUGCUUUGCGUGUAAACGAGCAAGCAAAUCAAACAAUAAUGAGGCAAAUGAAGACAUUAUUUGUAUAUGUUCAUAUUGGAGAAGAAGGUAAUAUGAUGCAGCAGCUUCUGGUGAACAGAGACACUGCCAGCCUGGGAUAUUGGUUGGACUGGAGAGUCUUCUUCUGUGGAACAAUGGUCAUCUUCUUCAUGUUUAUAGCAUUCUUUCUUUUAUGGAAAUAUGAAUGGUUAGCUGGGAAGGAUGACUCUGGUGGCCAAUAUGCCAACGAUCAGCGGCAGUGGGAAGAGGAGAAAGCUGCAGCGGCGGCGGCAUGGAGGCCUUGUGUGAAAGAAGUAAACCCAUUCUGUCUGAUGGCUUUCCGUUUGGUUUCUUUCUGUCUACUCUUAGCGACAUUCUCUUGUCAUGUGGUAGUUUAUGGAGGCAGCUUGUUUUACUAUUAUACCCAGUGGACUUUUACUUUGGUCACCAUUUACUUUGGGUUUGGGUCAGUGCUUUCGAUGUAUGGAUGCUCCCAGUACAUAAAAGCAACGAUGACAGUUAUUAAUGAUGAUGAUGAUAGAUGGAAGGAAGGGUUAGAAGAUAAGCUUCUUAUUACAGAAAGCGCAGGAGAAUACUGUAAUGGUGACCAUCAUCAUCAUGUCAUCAAAAGAGAACUAACUGACGAUUGCCACAAGACAGACAUGUACCCAGAGAGAGCUGCACUUCUUUGUGGCUAUGUGUUUCAAGUUCUUUUCCAGAUAGGUGGUGGAGCAGUGGUGCUUACAGAUAUAGUCUACUGGUUCGUCAUUUUCCCCACUCUCGAUGAUUCUGACUUGACUUUUCUGACAGUAGUUGCACAUACACUUAAUAUGCUGCUUCUUGGCGAUGCAUCUCUUAAUUGCUUGCCAUUCCCAUGGUUCCGGAUUGCUUACUUUAUUUUCUGGACUGCUGCCUAUGUUUUAUCCCAAUGGAUUGUUCAUGCUUUUCAAUCUAUUUGGUGGCCUUACCCUUUUCUCGACUUAUCAACCCCAAAUGCUCCCCUCUGGUAUUUGGUGGUAGCACUAAUGCAUAUUCCAUGCUAUGGUACUGUUGUAUUACUAGUUGAACUGAAAAAAUGGGUAUUGUCCACAUAUCUUCCCAGUUAUGUAAUGUUUUGAGAUUUGAGAUGAGAUCAUAACUUCAUGUUAUCAUCAUCUUAUGAUUGUCAAAUACCCCAUCUUAUAAAUUUACUAUGUAUUAAUUGAAUCUAUGUUAUGU